GCUGGAACCUGCAGGGACCUCACGCGAAUAUAUAGCAGGUUAGCAACAGGCCGGGGUAGUCGGCUUAUGAGGAGAUCCCUUGAGCCCACCGCCAGUCAGGGCCAUUCAAGCUGACGCUCUCCCCGUCAAUAUUCAUAUCUUGUUCUGAUCGAAGAGCUGGAUUUGCACUGGGAGAUAGUGUAGCCCUAGCUUUGCACCUUCACUUAUGCUGUGUAAUGGUAGAUCGCAAGAUUCAACAAGGCAAUUCAAUACAGCUAUAUUUCUCUGCGUAGUGCAGUUUUAAGACUGCAAUAUCUCAAGUAGACUGCAGAGAAUAAGCAAAGCACAAGAAUACCUAAAGCACCAUGGCAGAGGAGGAUGUUUAUACAAAAGAUGGAACUGUGGAUUAUCUGGGGAAUCCUGCUAACAGAAAGGAGACCGGAACCUGGAGGGCCUGCCCUUUUAUUAUAGGAAAUGAAUUUUGUGAACGAUUGGCGUACUAUGGGAUGAGCUCCAAUCUGGUUCUUUAUUUCAAGCACAGAUUGAACCAGAGCAGUGCUACAGCUACUAGAAAUAACUUGAACUGGGGUGGAACAUGCUAUAUCACUCCAUUGAUCGGAGCAUUCGUUGCUGAUGCUUAUCUAGGAAGAUAUUGGACGAUUGCUAGUUUCUCAAGCAUAUAUGUUGCAGGGAUGACGCUUUUGACAAUGUCAGCAACUGUCCCUGGCCUCAGGCCAGAAUGUUAUUCAAAAGAUCAUUGCCAUCCAACAGAUGGUCAAACUGCAGUAACUUUCGUAGCACUUUACCUGAUAGCACUUGGCACAGGAGGUAUUAAGCCUUGCGUCUCAUCCUAUGGAGCAGAUCAGUUUGAUGAUGCUGACGAAACUGAGAAGAAACACAAGAGUUCUUUCUUUAACUGGUUCUACCUCUCGAUUAAUGUCGGUGCUCUUAUUGCCGGUUCUGUGCUGGUUUGGAUACAAGAUAAUGUGAGUUGGGGAUGGGGUUUUGGCAUUCCAGCAAUAGCCAUGGCAAUUGCUGUUGUGAGCUUCUUUUCAGGUACCAAGUUGUUCAGGUAUCAAAAGCCUGGAGGCAGCCCUGUUACACGCAUCUGUCAGGUGCUGGUAGCAUCCUUCAGAAAACGGAAAGUUGAAGUUCCUGCAGACAAGUCUCUGUUGCAUGAGACUGCAGAUGCCGAAUCCAACAUCAAAGGAAGCCGCAAGCUCGACCAUACUAAAGAAUUUAGUUUCCUUGACAAGGCAGCAGUAGAAACAGAAAAGGACGACAUUAAGAGUACAGGAGACCCAUGGAAUCUUUGCACAGUAACCCAAGUCGAGGAGCUAAAGGCUAUCAUUCGGUUGCUCCCUAUAUGGGCCACUGGUAUCAUCUUUUCGGCAGUGUACAGCCAAAUGGGGAACUUAUUUGUGCUGCAAGGUGAAACAAUGGAUAAAUUUGUUGGAAACUCCACUUUCGAGAUACCAUCGGCAUCUUUAUCCAUCUUUGACACCCUCAGUGUCAUUUUUUGGGUCCCUGUGUAUGACCGAAUUGUUGUCCCAGUUACAAGAAAAUUCACUGGACAUAAAAACGGCUUAACUCAGCUGCAGCGGAUGGGCAUUGGUCUAUUCAUAUCAAUAUUUGCCAUGGUAUCUGCAGCAGUCUUGGAACUUAAAAGACUCCAAAUGGUGAGAAAUAACAACUACUACGAACUUGAUUCCGUGCCCAUGUCUAUAUUUUGGCAAGUUCCGCAGUAUUUCCUGAUAGGCUGUGCCGAAGUAUUCACGUUCAUCGGGCAAUUGGAAUUCUUCUACGAACAAGCACCUGAUGCAAUGAGGAGCAUGUGUUCUGCCCUGUCACUCACCACCGUCGCACUUGGCAAUUAUUUAAGCUCUCUUCUGGUAACCAUUGUUACAAGCAUCAGCACUAAGAAUGGAAAGGCCGGGUGGAUACCGGACAACUUAAAUUACGGCCACAUUGAUUACUUCUUCUGGCUACUAGGAAUACUCAGUGUGCUGAAUUUAGGUGCCUUUCUCUUGAUCUCAAAUUGGUACACUUAUAAAAAGGCUAUAGGAACUCUUCGUUGAUCGUUACUUGACCUCCACUAUGGUUGUCAAACAACUGUAAAACUAGUUGCAUCACUGGUUUAGAAUGCUCUCUCUUUAGCCAUUUGUAUGUAAGGAUAUACAGUCAGAGCACAAAAGUCUAGCUACUGCAGGACAGCAGUUUCUUAUGUUUGUUUUCUCUAAUAACUGUACCAGUAAAUGAAAUAUUGUCACGAAAGAAGUGAAGUGACAUGCCAGUUAUAGCUAAAGCCAGCGUCUAUUUUCUUUGUA